AAGCAAGUGAAACUACAGACGCAUACAGAAUCCAUAGCCAUCUCCCGAUCCUGCCAGCGCCGAAGCAUAAAUUAAUCAUGGUGACAGUUUUCUUUAGAAGUAAUCUGAAGCUGCCUCUUUCCCAGCCAUUGCAAAUUUAUGAAACCACAUCAAGCUUUUGUGUGGGAAACUGCCUUCAAAGAGUAGAAUGAUAACAAAAUUAAAUAUACACCUGUAAGUGUGAAAUGGCAAAAAGAGAUGUUUUCCAAUGUGGAAAUAGACAUUAGCCAGUCCCCAUAUUUAUUCAAGUGCCAGCUCUACGACCUUACUGGAGUACCACCUGAAAGACAAAAGAUUAUGGUCAAAGGUGGUUUAUUAAGGGACGAUGCAGAUUGGUCAAAACUAGGAGUGAAAGAGGGUCAAAAAUUGAUGAUGAUGGGAACCGCAGAUGAGAUUGUAAAGGCCCCAGAUAAGGGCCCUGUUUUUGCUGAAGACAUGCCGGAAGAAGAACAAGUUAUUCACGUGGGACAUUCUGCUGGUUUAUUUAAUCUAGGAAACACCUGCUAUAUGAACUCGACAGUACAAUGCUUGCAUUCAGUCCCAGAGUUAAAGUCUGCUUUGAUAAAGUACCCUCCUCCAGUUAGAAGCAAUGAAGUCGACCAGACUUCUCAUUUGUUGACUGCUGCAACACGAGAUUUAUUUAAUGACCUUGACAAAAAUGUCAAGCCGGUAGCACCAAUGAGAUUUUUGACGGAAUUGCGGAAGAAAUAUCCUCAAUUUGCCCAGCUGCAUAAUGGUGUUUACAUGCAGCAGGAUGCUGAAGAAUGUUGGACACAACUUAUAUACACCCUUUCACAAUCUCUCAAAUCAACAAGUUCCAGUGAAGAUACUGAUGCCCUGAAGAGACUUUUCGGUGUUGACCUAAUUAGCAGGGUUCACUGCCCUGAAAGUGGUGAAGAAAGCACAGAAACAGAAUCUGUAUAUUCACUUAAAUGCCAUAUAUCACAAGAAGUGAACCAUCUGCAUGAGGGGCUAAAACAUGGUCUGAAAUCAGAAUUGGAGAAGACUUCUCCUUCUCUAGGGCGAAGUGCUUUGUACUUGAAGGAUUCACGCAUUAAUGACUUGCCUAGAUAUUUGACUAUUCAGUUUGUACGUUUUUUCUGGAAAAGAGAAUCUAAUCAGAAGGCAAAAAUUUUGCGGAAAGUGGACUAUCCUCUGGAGUUGGAUGUCUAUGAUUUUUGUUCUGAUGAUCUUCGCAAGAGAUUGGAAGUUCCUCGACAGAUUCUAAGAGAUGAGGAAGGCAAAAAGCUUGGUCUAAAAACUAGUGAUAGGAUCUCUGGUCCAACGGACAAUGAUGUCAAGAUGGCUGAGGUUGAGGCAUCAUCAAAUAGAAGUGGGGACUCGUCUAACUUUCAACUGGUUGAAGAUGCUUCCGAGAAGGAGAAGGCACUGACAGGAAUAUAUGAUUUGGUUGCUGUGCUGACACACAAGGGUAGAAGUGCUGAUUCAGGGCAUUAUGUUGCCUGGGUCAAGCAAGAAAAUGGGAAAUGGAUUCAGUUUGAUGAUGAUGAUCCAAUACCGCAGCGAGAAGAAGACAUAACAAGACUUUCUGGCGGACGUGAUUGGCAUAUGGCUUACAUUUGCAUGUACAAAGCUCGCGAUGUUCCCAUGCAAUCUCUUCAUUAGGUCAAUUAAUCCAUUUGUUGUUUUCGCCAAAUUUCCAUUCGUGUUUUUUCCAACAACCAGAUGAAGCUUUCUGGACAUGACGACUCCGUUGUUCUUCAAGCAUGUUUAGCACUCGUGUUUGUCGUUAUCUCCCCCACCUCAUCUCCUUUAUUUAUCUGGUCAUGUAUUGUGAAUUUGUGAUCCAUUUUAAGGUGUAUCUGUGUUUGCUGCAAAAAUAGUUGCUCAAGAAUACAUAUUACAAGUUCUGCUUCCAAUUCUUGUACCAAUAUUGAGAUACCAAUCACAUUCAACAUUAUACCCU